UCAACACGACUUUCGGCUCAGGCCCGUGCAGAUUACACAACCGGUGAAUUGGUUAAUUUGCUCAGUGUGGAUGUGAACCGGAUCAUGGAAUUGUUCAUGUACUCGUUCUUCACAUGGAUCGCAUUGGUUCAGUUAAUUCUCUCUUUCUAUCUGCUCUGGCAACAAUUGGGUUUGGCCACUCUGGCCGGGAUCGGACUGCUUCUGUUGAUGCUACUGUUCAAUGCCGGAUUGAUGUGGUUCUUACAAAGAUUUGAGUAUGCAUUCGCUUCACAAGUGACCAAAAUUCGUAAAACCGAACUUCGUAAUCUGCUUCGUGUGACUGUGUGCUGGGGUGGUGCUCAACUAUUUUGGAACAUGACACCGUUUGCCAUCUUGGCUAGUACAUUCGCAGUUUACACCCGGAAUAUUCUGUUCGCCAGUUCUGCACCGUUUCCCAUAAACGGGACUGAGGCGAUUCCGAAUCGACCGAGUUUCUUAAAUGCUGAACGAAUUUUCGUCAGUGUUAGCCUGUUCAAUUUGCUUCGAGAACCUCUAGUCGCAUUGCCGUGGAGUUUGUCUGUCAUUGUCAUGUCGUUUGUCUCUUUCCGACGCAUUGGGAAAUUGUUCCUUGCACCGGAGUUGGAUCAAAGUGCUAUUGAGACCGGACCAGACCAGAAAGAUGACGAGCAAGCAAGUGCUAUCGAAUUCCGAGAUGCCGCGUUCUCGUGGACUGAUAACGGUCCUUUGGUACUGUCCAACUUGGACUUUUCUAUUCGACGGGGUUGGUUGGUUGCGGUUGUGGGUACCGUGGGCUCCGGAAAGUCUUCUCUGUUGUCUGCGUGCCUCGGAGAUCUUACUCGGAGGAGUGGAACUGCCAAGUUAAAAGGAACCACAGCCUACGUGCCUCAAACAGCCUGGAUACAACAGCAAACUUUGCGCGAUAACAUUUGUUUUGGCGAAUCCCUCGGAUCUUCUCCGUCCAGUAGAGACGCGCUGACUGGAAAGCGUGAGUGGUAUGACACAGUGAUCAAGGCGUGUGCACUUCAAACUGACUUGGAUCGGUUGUCGGCUGGCGAUAAGACUGAGAUUGGUGAGCGUGGGGUCAAUCUAUCAGGAGGUCAACGGCAACGUGUUAGUCUGGCUCGUGCAGUGUUUCAGGCCAAGGUAAUUGAAGCUCUUAAUCCCGUCAUUUUGGGGCGCACAGGUUGGGGCCUAAAUUGCGAUGUGUAUUUGAUGGAUGAUCCACUGUCUGCUGUCGAUUCACAUGUGGGUAAACACUUGUUUGACCAAGUGCUUGGUCCAGACGGUCUUCUGAAAGAAAAAACACGUGUUGUCACCACAAAUGCAUUUCACUGGUUGCAACAAGCAGAUUGGAUUCUGGUGCUUAAUGAGAACGGUCAGUUAGUUCAAUCGGGUACCUAUCACGACAUUGCACCCAACACAUCGGGACAUUUUGCAGAGUACUUGAAGAACAUCGAGAAGCAGCUUCGUGAGGUAAAGAAAGGUAAAUGA